CAUGUGUAGGGCCAUAUGUGGCCACUGUGUGGCCAGGGCCACCAUGGCCACCUCUACCUCAUCUACUAUGCCUUUAUUCGUCCCAGUAACGAGCCAAAACUACACACAAUGGGGCGUGUGAUUCGUGCUCAGAGGAAAGGUGCCGGCUCGGUUUUCAAGUCUCACACCCACCACCGCAAGGGAAAACCUGCUCUGCGUCCUGUAGAUUAUUCUGAACGUCAUGGUUACAUUCGUGGUAUAAUUAAGAAUAUUAUCCACGACCCUGGUCGUGGUGCUCCACUUGCUGAAGUUUACUUCCGUGACCCAUAUCGGUACAAAACCCGUAAGGAACUCUUUCUUGCCGCUGAAGGCCUAUAUACCGGCCAGUUUAUCUACUGUGGUAAGAAAGCCAAUCUUGAUGUUGGCAAUGUGAUGCCAAUUGGUGCCUUGCCAGAAGGUACUGUGGUGUGCAACUUGGAAGAAAAGACUGGAGACCGUGGCCGUAUUGCCCGUGGCUCUGGUAACUAUGCUCAGGUUAUUGCUCACAACCAAGAGACCAAGAAAACUCGCGUGAAGCUACCAUCUGGUGCCAAGAAAGUCCUUCCCUCUGCCAACCGUGCUAUGAUUGGUAUUGUAGCAGGUGGUGGCCGUAUCGACAAGCCCAUCUUGAAGGCCGGUCGUGCCUAUCACAAGUAUAGGGUGAAGAGAAACAGCUGGCCCAAGGUACGUGGUGUAGCCAUGAACCCCGUUGAGCAUCCUCAUGGUGGUGGUAACCAUCAACAUAUUGGUAAAGCUUCCACAGUAUCCAGAGGCAAGAGUGCUGGUCGCAAAGUUGGUCUCAUUGCUGCCAGAAGGACUGGUCUCAUCCGUGGUACCAAGAAGGACCCAAGGCAUGCAAUCUAAUAAAUGUAUACGGGAAAAAAUCCA